CAGUCGUGGAACAGUCCAGGAUGGCUACUCUGAUCUUUGUUGAUAAGGAUAAUGAAGAACCAGGCACCCGUGUGGCUGCUAAGGAUGGGCUGAAGCUGGGGUCUGGUGUCAAAGCCUUAGAUGGGAGACCUCAGAUCUCAACACCCUGUGUUGGCAAAACCUUCAAUGCUCCAUUGGCCUUACCUAAAACGGCCAGGAAGGCUUUGGGAACUGUCAACAGAGCUACAGAAAGCUCCGUGAAGACCAGUGGACCGCACAAACAGAAACAGCAAGGCUUCACGGUGAAAAAGAUGACAGAGAAAACCGUUAAAGCGAAAAGCUCGGCUCCUGCCUCCAAUGACACCUAUCCAGAAAUAGAAAAGUUUUUCCCCUAUAAUCCUCUCGAUUUUGAGAGCUUUGACCUCCCUGAAGAGCACCAGAUUGCACACCUCCCCUUGAAUGGAGUGCCUCUCAUGAUCCUCAAAGAAGAGAAAGGGCUUGAAAGGCUGUUGCACCUGGAUCCACCUUCGCCCUUGUAGAUGCCAUCUUCACCAUGGGAAUGUAAUCCGCUGCAGUCUCCUUCAAGCAUCCUGGCGAGCCUGGACAUUGAAUUGCCUCCUGUUUGUUAUGAUAUAGAU